CAUAAAUCGUGCAAACGCCAUUCAACGCUGCUGCUGCUGCUGCCGUAGCUGCUGCAUCGCGAAACCGGUGCAUUUGUUGGCAUCCAGCAACAACGGCGACGUCGUCAUCGCGGCAUCGACUGCCAAUAACAACAAUAGGCACCAGCAACACAGCAAUCUCGUCUCGCAUAAUCAAUGCAAAAAGUGUAUUCGACCCAUAUCUGAAAUUCAUGAGUGUUUCGAUCAAUUAAAUUCCUCCGGCGUAUAGAAGGCACGCUCACAUACAACAGUCGAAGAAGUGUGCGAUCCAGAAAAAAAGUGUGUCCACGUAAAAUUCGGCGAGCCCGGAAGAAAGCAGUAUAGAGUGGAGAGGAAAAAUUAAAUUUGAUUAAAUUGAUUGAAAAUUCGUUCCCAAUUAAGUCGAGCCGGUUUGAAAAAUUGUGCCUGGGUGUUGUGUUUAUUUUUUCUGCAUAGAAUAGCAGCGAUUGUGCAAGACCUUCGCAACGUGUUUUGGGUUCACAAUUAAGCGGUGUGAGUGUGUAAGUGAAACGAAGGAAGAGAAGAGGAAAAGUUUGAUGAGCCGGAGCGUGUUCGGGCUCGAAAAUAAAGUUUUGUCAGCGUGAAGUUGUGGAAAUCAUUAAUUCUAAGUGGAAAACAAGUUUGAAGAAAUGAGCGAAAUUUAAAGUUUUCGGUCAAGAAUACCGGUUAUAACGGGAAGAAAGGCAGAAAGCGAGGAUAAUUCUGUGUGCACCGGCAUCAAUCAGCUGUCACUGGCAAAAACAACUUAAAUUCGACGCUCCGUUGGAUUAGCCUGCAUACACACAGACUAACGCGUGUGCCAUCGCAUCGCGCAUAGAUCAGUCGACUCGUUCCUGAGUGCUGCGCGUGAGCGUGUGCGUGUCUACGCGGCUGCCCUUACAUCCUGCGUUCUAUUUUGAAGAUGCUCCGGUGGUUUAACAUGAGCUAACGCUAGCCGAAGAUGGUCCCAGGAGCGGGCGGAGUUGCACGAGCGCGGUUACUCACAACGGUAGUACUGAUCCUGGUGGAAGUGAUAGCCAGCGCUCUCGGCAACCCCGCUCAAGUGCAGCAGCAGCACCAUGCUGACCCGAAGCAGCUACCGGAACAGCAGAAUGACGAAGGAACGGCGGGAUCGAAGUACGUGUUCCAGUUUGCCCAUCCCGUGUACAACGUGUCGAUCCCGGAGAACAGUGUCGGCAAAACCUACGCAGUUCAACCGCCAAAUGAGGACCGAAUGGGCAUCUACGUGACCCCGGAACUGGAUGUCAAGUACAAAAUUGUCAGCGGUGAUAAGGACAAAUAUUUCAAAGCUGAAGAGCGGUUGGUGGGUGACUUUGCCUUUCUCGCGAUUCGGUUGCGUACCAUUAAUGUGAUUCUGAAUCGUGAAAAGGGCGACAGCUACCGGUUGGAAGUCAAAGCAACUGCCACAAAGAGGGAAGGCAAAAGUCGAGUAUCGCUGGAAGCAGACACCGUCAUCGACGUGAAGGUGCUCGACACUAACGAUCUCAGUCCGCUGUUCUAUCCUACCGAGUAUUCCGUUACUAUUCCGGAGGACACACCAUUACACAAAAGUAUUCUACGGGUGAUUGCCGAGGAUGCUGAUUUAGGUCUGAACGGGGAAAUUUACUACAGCAUCCUCGACGAAACGGAGCAGUUUGCAGUUCAUCCGACGACCGGUGUUAUCACACUUACCAGACCUCUACGGUUCACAGAUCGGUCCCUGCAUGAACUCACGGUAACAGCCAACGACCGGGGCAUCGGAUCCACCAGUCGGAGCCAAGCCAGCAAAGCGAGGGUGAAAAUAAAAAUUCGACAGGUCAACCUAUUCGCGCCUGAUAUUUACGUACAGGCCCUGCCGGAUAUUCUGGAAAAUUCCAAUACGAAUAUCUUCGGCAUCGUUCGAGUCGAAGAUAAGGACAAAGGCAUACAUGGACAGAUCAAGAGUCUGGAUAUAGUGGAUGGUGAUCCGGAUGGUCACUUUCGAAUCAAACCCACCGCCCGUCAGGGAGAGUUUGUGAUCGAAGUACAUCGUUUACUAGAUCGGGAAACUGCUCCCCAGGGGUACAAUCUAACGCUGAGGGCAGCAGAUCGCGGCAUUCCCUCUAGGCAGAGUUACAAGGUGAUUCCGGUUCAUCUUGCUGAUAGCAAUGAUAACGCCCCGGUUUUCAAUCGGGAGAUUUACGAAGUUUCUGUCCUAGAGACGUCUCCUCCCAACACCCCUGUGAUAAGACUGAAAGUAACCGAUAGAGAUGAGGGUAAGAAUGCGCAAGUUUUUCUGGAAAUAGUUGGAGGUAAUGAGGGAGGAGAGUUCCGGGUAAACCCGGAAACGGGAAUGCUGUACACGGCGGUUCCGCUGGACGCAGAGCAGAAAGCUUUCUAUACUCUAACCGUGUCAGCCAUCGACCAAGGUAAUACUGGCACGCGGAAGCAGUCAUCAGCUAAAGUCAAAAUCAAUGUCCAGGACACAAACGAUAACGAUCCGAUCUUCGAAACGAAUAACAUGACAAUAUGGGUCGAUGAAAACGAACCCGCCGGAACGACGGUUACGAAGGUGAUGGCUCGUGACAAAGACCUAGGCGAGAAUGCAUACAUAUCCUAUAGUAUAGCGAACCUGAACGAUGUCCCGUUCGACAUCGAUCAUUUCUCCGGCAUUGUGCGCACUUCCAAACUGCUGGACUACGAAAGCAUGAGACGAGAGUAUAUUCUUAGAGUACGAGCCUCCGAUUGGGGUCUUCCUUAUCGGCGGCAAACCGAGAUGCAGCUGAUCAUAAAGUUGCGCGACGUAAACGACAAUCGACCGCAGUUCGAGCGAAUCGACUGCGUUGGACGAAUUCCGAGGUACACACCGAUCGGAACGGAAAUAUUCACCCUAUCGGCGCUGGACUUCGACUAUGGCAGUGUAAUUACCUAUCGAAUGGUUUCCGGCAACGAGGAUGGGUGCUUUAAUCUAGAUCCCGGCACGGGGAUCAUCUCUGUUGGUUGUGAUUUGAACGAUGUCGGGGUUGAGUUUCGGGAGGUGAAUGUGACGGCAACGGAUGGAACGCACUUUGCCGACACGGCAAAGAUACAGAUUAAUCUGAUUCGGAAUAAACGGAAUUUGGGUGGAAAUCUGAAGGCGGAGGAUGGUGCAACGUUUGACUGUCGGGAAACUGGAGUGCGGCAGAGGCUUGUAGAUAUUCAGGCUUCCGCCGAAAGGAACAACAUGCCCGGUAGGGAUGUUAGUAAUGGCGAUGAUUUUGCCAUGAUGCCCAGCCGGUAUGGUGAGAAUGUUCACGCACCUGAAUUUGUGGAUCUUCCGCUGGAAGUUAAGGUCAAUGAAUCGAUUCCAUUGGGUACGACUAUUACUUGGAUCAAGGCAAGAGACCGUGAUCUAGGUUACAAUGGAAAAUUAGUCUUUGGAAUAUCUGGAGGUGAUGAUGAUUCCGUUUUUCGCCUGGAUCCCGAUAAUGGUGAGUUGAAGAUCAUCGGAUACUUGGACCGUGAACGACGGGAUGAAUACCUCCUGAAUAUUACCGUCUACGAUCUGGGAAAGCCUCAGAAAUCCAUCUCCAAGGUGCUUCCUAUCACAGUUCUAGAUGAAAACGACAACGUGCCGCGAUUUGAAAAAUCCCUUGCAAGUUUUCGUGUCACCGAAAACGCUCUAAACAACACGAUCAUCUUCCGAGUAAAUGCAACCGACGCUGAUCUUGGAAACAAUGCAAAAAUUACGUACAGUCUGAUUACCGACACCAAGGAUUUCCGAGUUGAUCCCGAAACAGGAGUUCUUUCCGUAGUUGCUCCACUGGAUCGCGAACGUCAAGAAAUCUACGAGCUGCGAAUCCGUGCUACGGACGGUGGAGGUGAUCAGAAUACCCCGGCUCUCUAUUCGGAAGCACUAGUGCGAGUUACUGUAGACGAUAUCAACGAUAAUGCGCCGGAAUUCAACAUUCAAAACCUAAACGUGAGGAUUCGAGAGGAUGUGCCCAAGGGCACGGUUGUGACGGUGAUUUCCGCGAUCGAUCUGGACAGUGGUCCAAGUAGUGAAAUCCUGUACAGUUUCAGUGAAAACGGUGAUGGGGAAGGUUCGUUCAAAAUCGAUAAGCAAUCGGGAACGAUCCGGACGGCAAAAAUGCUCGACUUCGAAGAGCGUCAAGUGCAUAGUUUGAUGGUGAAAGCAAUCGAUCGGGGGACGCCCUCGUUGUCCUCCGAAACAUCGGUGAUCGUAGAAGUGAUUGACGUGAACGAGAACCGGUACGCUCCGCAGUUUGAAGAUUUCGUGCUUACGGGAUCGAUUACGGAGAAUAAACCACCGGGAGCACACGUCAUGCAAGUGGUGGCCAAAGAUCUCGAUCCACCCGGUCCGGACUCUCGUGUCAGCUACUCAAUAAAGGGUGGCGACGGCUUGGGUAUUUUCGCCAUUGAUAAUGAAGGUGUCAUACGGACGCUGUCCUCGCUGGAUUUGGAGUCUAAACCCAACUACUGGCUGACGGUUUGUGCCCAGGAUCAGGCGGUGGUGCCGCUGCAUUCGUGUGUUCAGGUUUUCAUUCAAUUGCAAAACGAGAACGAUAAUGUCCCACUUACGGAGGAAGCCGUCUAUUAUCCGUCCGUACAGGAAAGCAGUCCGAAUGGAGAAAAAGUACUCCAGCUGAUUGCCGAGGACCGGGAUAUCGACCCACUGCAGCAGAUUUCCUACCGUAUAAUUUCCGGCAAUCAAGCGGGCUACUUCGCCAUUAACAGCACAAGUGGUUUGAUUACCACUACUGCGCGGAAACUCGAUAGGGAGAACCAAUCCGAGCACAUCCUUGAGAUCCUAGUAAUGGAUAAUGGUGCACCGCAGCUUUCGUCCACGACCCGAGUCGUCGUGCAGGUGGAGGACGUAAACGAUCACGCACCCGAGUUCGACCAGAAACUAUACAAGGUUCAAAUUCCGGCCAACGCGAAAAUCGACCAGACACUGUUUCAGAACGAUUAUGCUGCCGCCAGUGGAUAUGACCGCUCGGAUCAGAGCCAACCCCCGCCGGAAGCCGAUCUCGGUCUGAUGCAAUCCGAUCCGGACACCGGACUGGAGCAGGCCACCUGGGAAAGUUACCCGGACAAAGAUUUCCGUGGACUGCAGAUGGUUCUAAGGGUCUUGGCCACCGACAAGGACAUCGGCGAGAACGGACGCGUCACCUACAGCAUCAAGUCCGGCCGCGGAAAGGCGAAAAAAUUCCGCAUCGACCCGGACACCGGUAUCAUUUACGCGGCGAAAUUUUUCGAAGUGGACACCGAGUACGACCUGCUGGUACGGGCCGAAGACAACGGAGUGCCACGGAAGUCCCAGCAGGCACGGGUCAGCAUCGGUGUCGUCGAUGUGCCAGCCAAGUCCGAUAAUCCGCCGGUGCUGAAAACUAUCGACCAGCAGGUAGAGGUCACCGAGAGCGACACACCUGGCUUCCUGGUGGCACUGAUCCAAGCCAUCGACUACGACGGCGAGCAGCUCUGGUUUGAUAUAGUUGGCGGAGACGAGCGUAAUGAAUUUUACAUCGGUCGAGACAAUGGAAACGUGCUGCUGGCGAAACAUUUGGACUGGGAAACCCAAAAGGAGUACAAUCUCACGAUAAGCAUCUCGGAUGGGGUACACGUUGUUUACACGCAGCUCUACGUUUCCGUAAUUGAUAUAAACGAUCACCGACCGGAGUUUACGGAAUCGCUGUACCGCGUCGAUAUCUCCGAAAACAUAGAAGAAGGAACCGAGGUGCUACAGUUGCACGCGACCGAUGCCGACGAGGAUAAAAAACUGUUUUACAGCUUACAUGCGGCACGUGAUCCGGUUUCGCUUAAACUAUUCCGGGUGGAUUCGGUCACGGGCAGUAUCAUUACGGCUCACAAACUCGACCGGGAAGCUCUGGCCGAGCACAUGCUAAUUGUGAUUGUGAAAGACCAGGGAACGCCCGCCAAGCGAAACUAUGCCAAAGUGAUUAUCACCGUGCAUGACCACAACGAUCACGCACCGGAAUUCACCAGCAAGAUUGUGCAAGGAAAGGUGUACGAAACGGCCGCCGUUGGUACGAAGGUUGUCCAGGUGUAUGCCAUCGAUCGGGAUAUUGGUGAUAAUGCAAAAAUUUCCUAUUCAAUUGUUAGCGGAAAUAUUGGAAAUGUGUUUAACAUUGAUCCAACUAUGGGCGUGAUAAGUGUGGCAAAGGAUCUUGACAUUAGUGCCCUGUCGGAAUACAUGCUGCAGGUGAAGGCCACCGACGGUGGAAAGCCUUCAUUAUCAUCACAAAUUCCGGUGCAUGUUAUGAUUAACAUGGCUGAUAAUGCCCCACCAAGAUUUAUCUCCACGGAUGCAGCUGCAGAAAUUUACGAGAAUCUGCCAAUUGGAACGUUUGUGAUUCAUAUUGAAGCACGAAGUACCUCUUCGCUACAGUUCGAAAUAAUGGAUGGUAACGUCAACGAUAUGUUCUUCAUCAACCCAACGACAGGCGUAAUUACAACCAAAGAUAUCCUGGACUACGAAAGCAACAAAUUCUAUAAUCUCUCGAUCCGCGCCACUAAUAUGGCGUCCGCGUACGCCACGUGCUCCGUAAUUAUCAACGUUCUGGAUCACAACGAUAACGUUCCCUAUUUCGAGCAGCAGGUCUACAAGGGCGAAGUAUCCGAGGCGGCUCCGGUAGGCUCGCUGGUGCUGACAUUAAACGAAAACACGUCCACUGCCGGUCAGCUGCUGGCGAACACUUCCCUGCCGCUGGUCAUCAAAGCCAAGGAUGCGGAUUCCGGGCUGAACGCGCUGCUUCACUACGACAUCCUCGAGAUGUUACCCAAACGAUACUUCCACAUCGAUUCCAGUACCGGAGCGAUCAAAACGAUUCUGCAGCUGGAUCACGAAAAGAUUCCGUUUUUCAGUUUUCAUGUCAAGGUAACUGAUCUCGGUAAACCCCGACUCACAUCGGAAACCACUGCGGAAGUGCAAAUUUUCGUCAAUGACGUUAAUGAUUGUGCACCGAUGUUCAGCCAAAAAGAGUACAACGUAACCCUGCUGCUGCCCACGUAUGAAAAUGUAGCCGUCAUACAGGUCAAUGCUACCGACCAGGAUAGUUCGGAGAACUCAACUUUGCGCUACGAUCUCAUCGAGGGCAAUCGAGAUGGAGUGUUCAUGAUAGAUGCUGGCACCGGAAUAAUAACCACUCGUGACGUUGAGAGUAUCGGUUCGUUCUACAAGCUGGGCGUUCGGGUUUCCGAUGGAAAAUUCUCAAAGGUUGCGUAUGUAAACAUCAAUGUGGAAACCUCGGAGAACUCGGGACUGAUUUUCCAGAAAUCGAUCUACGAGGGGUCGAUACUUGAGAAUAGCACAAAAAUCUCAACCGUUACGGUGGUUAAUGUUUUGGGGUCUAACCUAAAUGAACACAUCGAGUUCAGUAUUCUGAACCCGACAGAUAUGUUCAAGAUCGGGCUGACCUCCGGCGCCAUUCAAACGACGGGAAAGAAGUUUGAUCGGGAAGUGCGUGAUAAUUACGAACUAAUUGUGGAAGCUCGCUCGCAAUUACCGGACAGAGAAAAGCCCCGCGUUGCGCACGUCAUCGUAAACGUCACGAUUUUAGACAUCAAUGACAAUUGUCCAAUGUUUGUCAACCUGCCGUAUUAUGCAGUGGUUUCGGUGGACGAUCCUCGCGGAUCGGUUAUAACCAAAGUGCACGCUUUGGAUUUGGAUAGCUACGAGAAUGGUGAGGUCCGGUACGAAAUGAAACGAGGUCAUGGUGAACUGUUCAAGGUGGACCGCAAGACCGGGGAGGUCACACUGAAGCAAACCCUCGAGGGACAUAACCACGACUACGAGCUACUGAUUUCCGCCUACGACGGAGGAAUUACGCCCUGCUCGACAGAUGUGACAGUUCAUGUAAAGGUGAUUGACAAAUCGAUGCCAGUGUUCAGCAAGCAGUUCUACUCGGAUACGGUUGCGGAAAACAUCGAACUACACUCGCCGCUGUCGGUUGCGAUUCAGGCGGAAAGCCCACUGGGCCGGAAACUGAUCUACAGCAUCGUGAAGGGUAACGAGUUGGAGGAGUUCGCCGUCGAUUUCAACACAGCGCCGGACAGUACCAACGGGCCAUGUGCGAUCUAUGUGGUGGACGAGCUGGACUACGAGCAGAAGCAAAGUUAUGAACUUUUAAUUAGAGCUACGGACAGCGUUUCCGGUGUAUCGGCCGAGGUGCCGGUUUCGGUGCUGGUGCAAGACGUCAACGAUUGCCCGCCGGAGAUCGAGCAGGAUAGUUACAACAUCAGCGUGUCCGAGCGGGCCCAGUUCGGAACGGCCAUACUGAAGGUGCAGGCCAAGGAUAACGACACCGGAAUCAAUCAGGUGAUAACGUACGCCUUGCAAACUGACUCGAAAAAUACCUCGGAAUACUUCCACAUGGAUCCCACGGACGGUGUGAUUUACUUGAAGAAAUCUCUGGACCACGAAACGCUUAGCCAUCAUCAUUUCACGGUAAUCGCCAGCGACAAAGGCGUUCCAAGUCUUAGCUCAACGGCUCACGUGUGGGUUUCCGUGAUGGAUAUGAACGAUAAUCCUCCGAAGUUUGAGCAACCAUCGUACACCUGUGUCCUGUCGGAGCAUGCCACACGCGGUCAGUUCGUGACCGUGGUUUCCGCAUCCGAUCCGGACUACAUCGAUCACGAUCGCCUCACGUACACCAUUGCGCAAGGUAAUGAACUGCAGACCUACGACAUCAACCCGGUGAGCGGAAUAAUCACUCUGGUCAAUAUGCAAAAUUUUGCCGAAAAGCAUACCACCAUCCUGAACGUUUCGGUCACCGAUGGUGUGUACACCAGCUUCACGCGGGUCAAAAUAUCAAUCCUUCCGGCUAAUCUACACAAUCCCACCUUCGAGCAUCUUUUCUACGACGUGAAGGUAAACGAGAAUCAACUGGCAGGACGAUUGGUGACCACGGUCAAAGCCGAAGACGCAGAUUUCGGAGAGUAUGGCCGCAUCUCGUACAGCAUCAUAUCGGACGAAAUUCAGGAGUACUUUUCCAUCGACAAGGAAAAGGGUGAGAUUGUGACGAAGAAAAAACUAGACCGAGAGGCGAGAAAGCUGUUCGAGGUGCCCGUCAUGGCAGUCGAUGCCGGCGGGCGAGCGGGCUUUACGACGGUUCGCGUCAAGAUUGGUGACGAAAACGAUAACGCACCGGAGUUCCUGUACCGCGAGUACAAAGCGCUCAUUCAGGGAAACCUGACGGUGAACACGACAUUCUUCCGGGUGAAAGCAAUCGACAACGACGAUAAUCAGAAUGCGGUCAUCAAGUAUUCCGUUUUUGAUUCCCAGAAUAGUGGAGUUAAGGAUUUGUUCGGAAUUGAUGAGAAUACUGGUGGAAUCUACCUGAAGAAAAGCGCUUUGCAAUGGGAAAAUCAACUCUUCCAGUUCUUCAUUCGCGCAAACGAUGGAGGUGCACCUUCGCUGUACAGUGAUGUACCAAUCGACAUCUACAUCAUGAGUUCCGCUGAUAAUCCACCGGUAUUUGAGAAGAAAGAAAAAUUGCUCUUCCUCUCAGAAAGCUCCCUUCCGGGAACGGUUAUCACUAGGCUUAAACUUUCCGGAAACAUCACAGCCAAAUAUCGGAUUCUCACCGAUGAAGUAGAGGAGCCUCAGUUUUCCAUUAAUAAUUCCGGCGAGCUUCGACUAGCGAAAACCUUAGACAGAGAAACAAAGGACGUCCAUCUAAUAGCGAUUCUCGCUGAAACUGACCCCAGUCCGCCGCUGACGGCAGUAACGGAGGUCGUUUUGCAUGUGCAGGAUGAAAACGAUAACACACCAAUGUUCGAAAGCAAUCCAUACUCUUUUAUCCUCGCAGAAAACAUCGAAAAAGGAAGUUCAAUCAUGAAAUUAACAGCCCGCGAUGCAGAUAGUGGCUCUAAUGGAGAUAUUCGAUAUUCACUUUCGCCGGAUGUUGGGGAGAUUGUUAACAUCUUCGAUAUUGAUGCGUACACUGGGUGGAUCACAACCCUCGUUCCGUUGGACAAAGAAAAGCGCGAAGACUAUAAGUUCCAAGUAAUCGCUACAGAUAAUGGUCAACCAAAACAUUCCACACGCACAACGGUGAUUAUUCGCUUGAAAGACUACAACGAUUGUCCUCCGACGUUCAAAGAAGCACAAUACAAAGCCAGCGUGAGCGAAGACGCACUUCCCGGUACCGUUGUACUCCAGAUUGCCACCAAAGAUAACGACGUUGAUAUAAAAACACCAAUCGAAUACUACAUCAUUGCCGGUGAUCCACUAUCACAGUUCCAAAUCAAAAACACCGGCGAAGUUUUCGUUGUCAAAUCUCUGGACCGCGAAAGCAUCUCCCAUUACGAACUCGGUGUCAUAGUAACCGAUGGAAAGUACACUUCCACAACCAACAUCUUCAUCACGGUACUAGACGCCAACGACAAUCCUCCUUACUGCUUGAAAUACCGCUAUCGCGAGCAGUUAAGUGAAGGGCUUCACCCAGGCUCUAUGGUUCUGCAGAUCCAAGCCAACGACAUCGAUGAGCCGGCCAACAGUCGACUUCGGUUCUACCUUACGGGUAAUGGUGCCGAAGAUUUCAACCUGGACAAAGAUUCCGGUCAGCUGAAAACGGCCCGACAGCUAGAUCGGGAGACACAAUCCAAGUUCCACCUGACGGCUCACGUACAAGAUCGCGAUCAUCCCGGCUGGGAGUGUUCUUCGCAGAUCGAAAUCACUAUCACCGACCUGAAUGAUAACCCGCCGGAUUUCUCCAUGAAUCCGUACAGUGUAACUCUUCCGGAAGAUGCCGAAGUGGGUACGCUGGUCACGAAGAUUCACGCCACAGAUGCCGACAUUGGCAUUAAUCGUAAGAUCAAGUAUUCCUUUAUCGAUUCCUAUCGAGAUCACUUCCGAAUUGCGCCCGACAGUGGUAUCGUAACUCUCGCUAAGCCCCUGGAUCGAGAGGUGAAAGCAAUCUACAAUCUGACGGUUCGUGCUACGGAUCAGGGAACUCCAACACUAUCGAACUCAGCCUUCCUAAUAGUCAACGUUCAGGAUAUCAACGACAAUCCUCCCGAGUUUACUUCAAAACAUUAUUUCGCAUCCGUUCCGGAAAUCAACUCCGUUGGUUCCGAGAUUCUCAAAGUACUGGCAACCUCCAAGGAUACCGGCAUCAACGCCGAAAUCUUCUAUUCGAUCAUCGGAGGUAAUGAACAUCGUAAGUUCGCAAUGAACAACAAAACGGGAAUUCUUUCGUUAGCCGAUACUCUGGAUUACGAACGAGCUAAGGACUACUUCCUGACAAUCCAAGCCGUCGACGGAGGAACUCCUCCGCUGAGUAACCUCGCAACGGUCAAUAUCUCCGUUACAGACAGCAACGACAACCCACCCCAGUUCACGCAGAAUUCCUACACGGCCCGAAUUCGAGAAGACGCCCAGAAGGGCGACAAGAUCCUUCAGGUUCGCGCGAAUGAUAUGGAUUCCGAGGAGAACGGACGAGUUAGCUACAAGAUUGAACGUGGCGAUCGAAUGGGUCAGUUCACCAUUGAAGAAGACACCGGAUAUAUCUCCGUGGCGGGAACACUGGAUAGGGAGUCGAUUUCCAACUACGUUCUCGAUGUUCAGGCACGGGACAAUGGAAUCCCGACCCUGACCGCUUACGUUUUAGUGAACGUCGAAAUUUCGGACGCCAACGAUAAUCCACCGAUGUUUACCCUGUCGAACUACACGGCGGUUGUCCAGGAAGAUAAACAAAUUGGCUAUACGUUGCUUAAAUUUGAGGUUACGGAUGCGGAUGCGGCUCCCAACGCAGCUCCCUAUACAUUUGAUUUUCGAACUGGCAACGAAGGAGGAGCGUUCCGUAUCGAACAGGAUGGCAUACUGCGGACUGCCUCGCGAUUCAAUAGUAAGCUCAAGGAUUCGUACCAACUACAAAUCCGUGUGUUUGACAAUGGAACGCCACCUCUCUACUCGGACACUUGGGUUUCAGUGAAGGUUAUAGAAGAGUCGCAGUAUCCGCCGGUGAUUACUCCAUUGGACAUUUCAAUAAACUCCUUCCUGGACGAGUACCCAGGAGGUGUAAUCGGUAAGGUAUUCGCUACCGACCAAGAUCAGUAUGACACACUAUCUUUCGGAUUGGCUCCCACGGCGGGGGUGCUGUAUUCUCCAACCAAUCUAUUUAACAUAUCACGCAACGAUGGAGUUCUGCACGCUUUCCCCCGCUUGGAUGUUGGCGAUUAUCGAGUGAAUGUUACCGUAACGGAUGGGAAGUUUUCCUCCUACACCAUUGUCAAAGUGGCGGUAGAGUUGGUAACCGACGAAAUGCUGGCCAAUUCAAUCGUGAUACGCUUCACGAAAGUAAGUCCGGAAUCAUUCAUACUGAGUCACCGCAAAGGUUUUAUCCGUUCCGUGAGAAACUCCAUGGGAUGUAAAAUCAAGGACAUUGUCAUUAUUUCCGUGCAGAAAUCAUCCGACGAUAUUAACUUCAUCCACCAUCAUCGCCUUACACGGGAAUCCGGUCUUCAAAAUGUAACCGAAAAUCUAGCUAACCCACGGUUCCGUCGAGGAACAAUACACGAUCUAGAUGUCCUCUUCACUGUGCGUAAAGGACAGUCAGGGUUCUAUUCAUCAUAUGAAAUCCGUAAAGCAAUCGAAGAUAAUCUGGAAGAAAUUGAAGAUGCCACAAAACUGCAAAUCGAUGAAGUCGUUAAAUCAAAGUGUCUACCGAACUUCUGCAUCCAUGGCGAAUGCGAAGACAAGUUGGUUCUGGAUGCGAAGAUCGUCAACCCCAUCUCGACGGAUGUGACCAGUUUUGUUUCGGCACAACAUACCCAUAAAAUGGAGUGUGCCUGCAAGGAGGGUUACGGAGGCGACAAAUGUCAGCAUGCGGUAAACGAGUGUUCAAAAUCCCCAUGUCCAAACUACAAAAACUGCGUGCCGGAUUCGUCGGACCAGGGCUACCACUGCACCUGUCCGGAGGGAUUUGCCGGGCCGAAGUGCGAUCGCGACAUCAGUAAGUGCAACGAUGAGACUUGCUAUACUCCGCGGAAUCCGGUGUCGUUCAGUGGCAAAAGUUACGCCCACUAUCGAAUCGAGAAGGAGAUCGCUAAGAAAAACCUAGAAGAUCAGCUAAUGUUGAGUUUACGGAUUCGAACCGUGCAACCGACUGGCAAUAUUAUGUAUUCCGCCGGUAAAGUGGAUUACAAUAUUCUGGAGAUAGUAAAUGGAGUUAUUCAGUACCGGUUCGAUUUAGGUUCGGGAGAAGGAAUGGUCAGUGUUACGAGUAUUUUCGUGUCUGAUGGCUUGUGGCACGAGGUUCGGCUGGAGCGUGAAGGUAACAGUGCUCGCGUCAUCGUGGACAACAAGCACGUAGCGAGCGGGAAUGCUCCUGGCGUCAAUGGAGUUCUGAACCUACAAUCGGAUGACAUCUAUUUCGGGGCUGAAGUGAAACAACAUCCUACCGUGCUUGGCUUCGAAGAUAUUCAACGCGGUUACAUGGGAUGCAUGGAUGAUAUCAAGCUAUCCAAGAUUCCUGUUCCACUUCAUAUGAACGGAGCCAGUUCAGUAGCGAGUUUGCGACGCUUUGCCAAUGUUGAAUUCAGCUGCGAUGCUUCGUCGAUCCUGGUUCCGUUAGGAGUUUGUGGAACACAACCCUGUUGGAACGGAGGAACUUGUACCGAUAUUGGAGGUGGAAACUUUGAAUGCCUCUGUCAUUCUAGAUUUUCCGGACUUUAUUGUAAGGAAGACAUGGAUCCCUGCGCAUCUUCACCUUGCUUGUAUGGCGGCAAAUGUAACAAAAUGGGUUCAGGCAAUUACACGUGCGAUUGUCCAGCACGCAUGUCCGGAAAACGAUGCGAUUACGGAAGAUUCUGUACCCCCAACCCUUGUCGAAACGGUGGAGUCUGCGAGGAAGGAGAUGACGGACCUUUGUGCAUGUGCCGAGGCUACACCGGAACAACAUGCGAAAUUGAUAUCGACGAGUGUGAAAAGCAACCGUGCGGUAACGGUGCAACCUGUAUUAACGAAGCGGGCAGUUUUCGGUGUGUUUGUCCUCCUGAGAUGACUGGGGCUAGCUGCGGUGACCCCUUGAAUACAUUCCCACUGCGAAUCCCAGGGCUCAAUGCGUUUACCCAAGAACAUUGGAUGAUUGCUCUGGCAGGAUUCGUAAUCUUAGCAAUAUUGAGCAUUGUGGUUGCGGGAGUCAUCUGCGUGUGUAAGAAGAAACGAAGACGACAUCGACAUGAGAAGAUCAACAACGAUCCAAAAACGAUGGUGUUGAACUCAGUGUCGGACAAUUCUCAGUACAAACGUUCAUCAAAGAUGAGCAAUUUAGAGAUCAUUCAACGAGACAUGCAGCAACGACCGGUAUCGUACACCCCCAGCAGCAACAACGACCACGCGUACACGUGCAACACCAUGUUGCAGUACAAUAAUCUAGAUACACUCCGAAGCUACGGUUCGGCGGGUGACGAACUGGAAAAUGUGCCUCCAGAGUACCGGAAAGCGUCAGUGCGACCCACCCAGCAGAUGGUUAAUAUCAACAGCGGAAACUCUUCCGGCGAUAGCGAGGCUCUACUAAAACAAAAAUGGAACGACCAAAUCCAGAUGCAAACCUUCACCGACACCAAGAUCAACAACGAUCUGAAGCGAAUAAGUCCGAUUUCUUCGUUGGACUCCCACCGAUCCGCAUCGUUGAAGCAACAGCAAACCGGUGUACUGCCCGGUCGCUUGCUCAAUAUGCCCCACUCGCCAACGCUUCUGCAACAACCGCAACAUUCAGGGUUCGAAGAUUCGCCGGGUCUGUCGCACGGUGCCUAUCACUGGGACUGCUCGGACUGGGUUGGGCGGGGACACCACCCGCUGCCAAACAUAACCGAGGUACCCGGCAGCGAAGUGCCCGACUCGUCCAGCUUCCACAGCAACGAAAGCAACGAGUCGCACCCGAAGAACACACUUCUACCUCCAAUCCUUGGACCAGUCGACCCAGUGCGGGACAUCGAAACGCUGAACGAGGACAACGAGUCGGAGUUUGUGGAUGACUCCGAGUGUGACCAGAGCGAGCAGCCGCUAUCGUUGGGCUUCGAGCAGAACACUUCCAUUCCAUGUCUGAAUCCUCUCGAUAGCGGUAGCGAGGAUUACAGAUUCAAUACAGCUGAUAGUUAUCUACGACACCCGAAUAGCUACUUGCCCAAGUACAACAUCCAGAGCGAGACGGAGGGCGAAAGUGCUCCGCUGACUGGCGGCAGUCGAAAGCCCCUGAACGGACUGGAAGUCGGUCCCCAUCAGCUGGUCGAGUCCGACGACGAAGACAUCCAGGCGUACGGUUUCCCGCAGAAACGGCGCAAUCGGCGCGCCCCCAGUGAUAUCGAUUUAGUUCUACAUAGUGGCGGCGAAGGAAGUUCCCUGCUCAGCCACCCACAUAAUCUGAAUAGCUCCAACCAUUCGAAUAGCGAUCUCUCGACACAUCUCUGCGAAAUCGAUGACUCGGAGUUCGAACAGGAUCUUCCACAGCAGCAGCAGCAACAGCCGGAGCAGCAUCCGCACCAACAUCACCAUCAUCAUCACCAUCAACACCAUUCGCCACAGCAACAUCAGCAGCAGCAUCAGCAGCAGCAGCAAUCGCAGCAUCAAUCAAAUUCCUCGCUGUCCUCGGGAGGUCAAUCGCGGCCCCGUCAAAGCAAGGUCAAAUGGGCCAAUAUCGUGCAGCAAACCGAAGUCUGACAGCAGCUCGACGGCAACUAUCGAUUAGUGCUAAGCGCCAAGACUAACUCUAGCAUUAGUUCCAUUUUGAUACUGUUUUCUAGGGUAACUUAUUUUAUUUAUUUUACUGUCAAUCUUUUGUAAUAGCUACUUCAUGUCGUAGGAAAUUUGUAUCCAUGUUAAUUUACACAAACAACACUCUCUAGCGUAUAGUUUUGCCAUCGAUUAUUUUAUAUGUUAUCAAGUAAUACGUAAUACCACAAAAUCAAAACUGUCAGCUGUCACGUUCUGGUAGCUAACUAACCGUGGGAGAUUUAUGUGAAGUAAGCAAUUUUUGUUCUUUCCUUUAUUGCCACAACUGGACAAAUGCUAGACGACAUAAAUUGCGAAAUCGAAUGAAUCGUUUUAGAAUAAGUAGAAUAAUUAAUUACAUAGCGAAAGCAUGUAAACCGUUCUAUAGAAACAAAUCGUGCUGAAAUCACGCUAACAUAUUCAAGACGAACAACUUUGAGAUUAACGAUCACGAACAUUUAGUAACCAUACUGUCAUUGCAGCUGCAUAUGAAAACUAAAAUAAAAAAAAACACUAGCAAGUAUAGAGAGCAGAAAACCACUUUGUAACAUCCGUUACAAACCAUUGUAAAACAAUAAAAAAAAUAAUAUUAACAAGGAUGAACCCGUAGAUCCAACGUUUUCUUUGACGUUUGAAAAGUCUAUAGAAUAAGAUUUUUUAUCACGCUGCGACACUGUUCGAACGGAGAAUACAAUCAUUGACUGAUACAAUUGAAGGCGGAGAAGAAAGAGAAAAACACAACUAUUUUAUAUUAACCCAAACAAAAUAUCAGCACUCUACACGACAGAUUUCAGUUGUAUUUACGAAGAUAACGAGAAACUAAGUUUUCCACCCGAGCGCGAGGAAGGAAUCCAUAUUAAUCAUGUUAGAUUAUUGUUCAUUAUACUCGAUAGGUCCUUACCAGUAUUCGUCUAAUAGUUUUCGUGAACUUUCUCUACAUAUGGCUCUAUUUUUUUUCGAUGAGCAAAAUCCAGAAGAAGUUUUUGAGAAAACACACAAACACAGGAUCCUAUACUUUUACAUUACUCGACCGCUACGUGAUGUAUUUUAACCUUUCAUUUUCGAGAUCCGUACAUUAAAUCAAACUUUAACAAAACUCUAUUAAUUCUAUGGUGCUCUACUUAAACACAAAACAAAAUCAUACAAAUGAGAACACUACUUGCUCUUUUUUUACUCUUGUAUAGUAGCAUAAGUUAGUCCUAAGUCAUGCUCCACAUACACACUCACGUACACUUAUGAGACUAAAUCUACUUAUCAUUAUUUUAUUCCGUUCGUGUUGGGCAAUUCGACUCAAAAUCGUUGUGUUGUUUGGCAGCUACCAUGCAGCAAACCUUUCCGUUUCAGCAGCUAUUUCUUUAACUAUACAUUUCAGAUAACUUGUACAACUUUAGGCUAGCAAACAUCAAAAUUAAUUAAUUAAAAAUUAAUUAACAGAGUUGUUACUGCUAAUUUUGCCUUGGUGGACGGAGGCACCGGCAGCAAAAGACGACAACAAAAAGCAAAAGAAAAAAAAAAAGAAAAAAACUACACGACAUUUAGGGACUCAAAAUAUCAAAAUCUAAAUCAUUAGAGGAAAAAGUAUCGAAAAACAGAGGAAUCGACGUUCAGUUAAAAACAUCGUGAUAGCUUAAGGUAUACAAGGUUAAAGGAAAAACAAAAGUUUUGUUACUCCUCACACACACACGCGCGAGGCGUUUGUCGGUCAUUUUUCAGCGCUCGUUGAAGAAUCGACAGCCAAAAGCCGAGGAGAAAAAGGGCGAAAAACAAGAUUGCAUUUACCGAUCACUGUAGUGCAUAUAACAUUUUUUGUGUAUU